GUCAAUCGUAAACACUUUCUUCUUCGUCUGCUUGCAUUCUGUAUCAUUUUGAUCAUGUUGUUGUUAUUGUUUAAUUGCAGUGGUUUAUGUAAAUGUUUGUAUGUUAAUAUUUUGCAUGAUUAGUAUUGUUUUCUGUUUCUAAACAAUACAACUUGUAAAUCAUACACUUUUUGUACAGAACAUGUAUUAGAACAGGCCUUGAAAUUCUUAAACAAAAAUUUAUUAUUCAAUAUUAUUUACUAUCCUAAUCAGUAUAGAAUGGCUGGCUUAAAAGUUGAGUUAGACGAAUACUUAGCGGCUCGUAAGGAGGACUCUAAGCCGCUUUUAAAAAACAGCUUACCUAGUGUUUCACUUCCUAAAGUUGGAAAUUGGUUUAGACGUGAACAAGUAGAAGAAGAUGGUUGGUUCUCUGGGACACAGAAGGACUGUUGUCCUACAAUGAGCAGAUUCCAGAGAAUCGUGGGCUUCUGUUUAUGCGUAUGUAUGGGCAUUUUCUGUUUUGGACUUUCGGCACUAUACAUUCCCGUUCUGCUCUUAAAAGCAAGGAAAUUUGCUUUACUGUACACAAUGGGUAGUUUAUUCUUUAUGUGCAGCUUCUCAUUCCUGUGGGGUCCUCUGAACCACCUGAGGCACCUGUUCUCCAAGGAGCGGUUCUGGUUUACGCUGAGCUACUCGGUGACACUGACCGCCACCCUGUACUGCUCCUUGGUGCUGGUCAGCACACCCCUCACACUGGUGUGCGCCGUGGCGCAGGUCAUCGCUCUCCUCUGGUUCCUCAUCAGUUAUAUCCCCGGCGGUCACUCCGGUAUGCUGUUCUUCACCAAACUCUUCACGUCUUCGGUCUCCAAGACCCUGCCUGUCUGAUGGACUGGCUCACAAUGCCUCUCAACCAAAGUUUGUGAUAGACUGUUUACUGACUAUCUUAAAAUUUGUUGACUUAAUUCUCUGUAAGCUCUCCUUGUUUCGGUCCUACAACUCUCCAACACUUACAGUUUCCGGUGCAAUGAAAGGUAGUAUUCUUGACACCAGUGGUUAGUUUUUCAUAGAUUGUAUUUAAUUGGGUUAUUUCUUGUUAUUUUGUGAUAUUAUAUAUUACCUCUGUUAUAAUUAUAUAGUUCUAAUCUUUCAGAAAUUGAAUUCUCGUUUUAUGUCGAAUCACUGGCUUUAAAACUAAAUUGUCUGUAACAAAUAAGAGUUCAUAAUUAAUGGUCCUUUUCUUGGUUUCUUUGUUGCUUCCUAAUGGAGCUUACUGUUCUGUUAAAAAUCUGAUUAUUACAGUGUCAUCUACUAUUAUAAUAAAAUCAAUGUCAUAAUGUAGGAAUUUUAAAAUACAAAAACAAAAGUUUAUUUUAUGAAUGCCAAGAGAAAUGGGUUUGGCACAAAAUAUUAUAUUGCAGAUAAAAAACAAAGAUCAUAUAUAGUAGAAAUUAAACUUUGCAGUUACCACAGUAAUUCUAGUACUAAAAAAGCAAAAAUACAGCUUUCAACAAAUUUAUAUUAUAAGUAGUCCUACAUGUGUAUUAUAUUUAUCAUUGUGUAUAUCCUUAGAUUCUUUGUGGGUAGACAUAUGCACACUUUGGGGUAAAAUUUCACUUAACUUUUAUCUGCAUUCCUUGUUUGCUACAAAAUUAUCAAAACAAUUGUGUGUUUUUAUAUACAAUUGACCAAAAAUAUUUAAUAUAAGUUAAUAAUUAAAAAAAGUCUUUUAAUAAGGCUAUAAAUUGCUACGACAAGAAUUUCUUUCUUUUUUUGGAAAGUGGUAUAUUUACAUUAUUUUUGCUGAUUUUUUUCAUUUAUCAUUUGUGACUGUUUUACUCGUAAACUUCAAAUUGAGAAGGUUAGAAACAUCAUGUUUCUGUAAGUGUUUUAAUUUAGUGAUUAUAAUGAAAAAGUCAUAUAGAAUAUAUUGAUUUUUUUAGGAAAGGCCUUUCUUCCCACUCUUUUUUGCCCAUCUACCCAUUUAUGGGUUUGUGCAAGUAUCGUAUCAGAAUAGAGAGUAAGUGCUGAUAAGAGUUCCUAAGUCUGACAUCUUAAACCGUGUGGCCAAAAAUUCUUGAAGUAGCUUAAUACAGAAUGCUUAAAGGUGCUAUCAAUUCAAAAUAUUUUUUAUGCAUUUGUUUUUAUUACGUUCCUUUGAUUGAGUCCAAUACUACUGUACAUCUUAUUUUAGCUUAUUUUCUCUUAAAGAAAGUUUAAAGAGAAAAUGCUAUAAAUAAUGCACUUUUAUUGACUGCAUAGCUAGUUUUUUUUUAUCAUGAAGUUAUUUUAGUGCACAACCUACUGCAAGUUAUUGUUUUACUAUAAUAAUAAGCAUUUAAUGAUUCUAUACUAUAAAGUUGUUAGAAGAGCAUUACUAUUAUUUGGUUUUAAAACUACCCAACCCUUGAAAUAAUGAUAAUUUUUGUAUUUAUUACUUGUACUUACAUAAAAGACAGACAUUAGUAAUUUUACUAGUAUAUAGUGUAUUGUUAAUUUUAAACUAUAAAUUGUAUAUAAUAUGUAAAUAAAUGAUCAUUUUCAAUAAGAUAUUCUUUUUAAAUCGGAA